GUGGUCACCUUCAUACGUACAGCUCAGUUUAGGCUCGGGAAGAAGGAAUAAAGAUAACGUGAAGAAGGGUGUUUUGGUGUGUGAUACACGAACCAGAGUAUAGUGAAGCCAAGUGCAAAGAGAUUCUUGCAAGCGUAGUGGCGACAUGGCGGGUGUGGUGCUCGCGACGGCGGGCUACGACCACACCAUCCGCUUCUGGGAGGCCGCGUCGGGCACGUGCAACCGCACGGUCAAGUACCCGGACUCGGUAGGCUGCUUCUCCCGUUGCAACCGCGCGAUUCCGAGCGCUCUACGCUGCGAGAUCGCUGCUCAACGCACAUGUGUCAUUUGACCUGACCUGCUCUGUUGCUAUUGCUAUUGCUAUUGCUACAGCAAGUGAACUGCCUGCAGAUCACGCCCGACAAGAAGUACAUUGCGGCCGCUGGGAACCCGCACAUCCGCCUCUUCGAGAUCAACAGCAACAACCCGAACCAUGUGACGAGCUACGACGGCCACGCCAGCAACGUCACGUCGCUGGGCUUCCAGCGCCACGGCAAGUGGAUGUACUCGUGCUCGGACGACGGCAGCGUCAAGAUCUGGGACCUGAGAGCCCCUGGAUGCCAGCGCAGCUACGACGCUGGGGUGCCGCUCAACUCGGUGGUGCUGCACCCGAACCAGGCGGAGCUGCUAGUCGGAGACCAGAACGGAUUCGUGCGCGUGUACGACCUCACGGCCAACGCCAUGGUGACCAAGCUGGAGCCGCCUACGGGAGACACGGGUGAGAGCAGCAUCCGAUCGGUGGACAUUGUUCGCGACGGCAGCGCGCUGGUGGCGGCCAACAACCACGGCAAGUGCUUCUUCUACCGCCCCAAGCCCGAAGGCCACUACGAGCUGCAUGGCUCCGUCCAAGCGCACAAUGGCUACAUCCUCAAGGCGAAGAUCAGCUCCAACGGCAAGUUCUUGGCCACGUGCUCGUCGGACAAAACGGCCAAGGUCUGGAGUCUGCCGGCGGUCAUGGCGGCCUCAGCUAACGGUGAAGUGGUCGAGCCGGAGAUGCACGGCAACGGAUCGAUGAGCUCGCAGAGACCGAUGAGCUCGUCCAGCGUGAGCUCGACGCUGGGCCCGACCGCUCCGCCUGUGCCGAGCAGCAGCGGGCUCAUCCACACGCUGCAGGGCCACCAGCGGUGGGUGUGGGACUGCGCGUUCUCAGCGGUGUCGUCGUACUUGGUGACCUGCUCGUCGGACCAGAGCGCUCGGCUCUGGGACCUGAGUCAGGGCGAGGCCAUCCGCCAGUACAGCGGCCACCACAAGGCUGUCAUCUGCGUGGCGCUCAACGACGCUGUCGCUGAGUAAAGGCCACGAGGCCGUAGAGGAGAGACCGAGUUAUAUGAAGAAGAAUCUGUGCAUGGAGUUUUGUUACGCUUUGUGAUGUCUGUGUACGGUAUCUACGUGAAGGUCUUCUUGGUCAUGAUGGCGUAGAACUCCUCGGCGUUGAUCUCUCCGUCCUGGUCCGUGUCUGCGCGCUCGAUCAUCUCGAGCAGCUCGGCGUCCGUCAUGGUCUCGCCCAGCUCCUUGGCCACGCGCUUGAGGUUGCGCAGCGAGAUUUUGCCCGUCUGGUCGUCGUCGAACAGGUUGAAGACCUUCUGGAUGUCCUCUCUCGAGUCCUUGUCACUCUGCCAUUGGCACAAACACACAAACAACACACACACCAGGAAAUCAGUGAGCACUAAUCCCCCCUCCAACCCACCGAGAGACAGCUCGCGCACUGACCAUCUUGGCGGUCAUCAUGUCGAGGAACUCCUCGAAGUCGAUGGAGCCGCUGCCGUCCUUGUCGAUGUCGCCGAUCAUCUGGUAGAUGGUCUGGUUCUUGGCCUCGAAGCCCAGCGACUGCAUGGCCGCCUUGAGCUCCUUGGGGUCGAUCGUGCCGCUGCCGUCCGUGUCGAAGAGGUUGAAGGCCUCGCGGAUCUCCUCGAUCUCCUCCUCGCUCAGGCCCGGCCGCUCGUACGUCUUGGCGUUGCGCUUCUGCGAGAUGCGGCGGGCCAUGGCGGUCGUUAACUUCUCUACUACUCACUGUAGCCACUCGCGAGCGUGGGGCGUUCUCGGAAGUGCCACGGCCGGGAGGUAGCAAGAGGCGCCGUCUUGCUUGCAGCUCCUCGUCGUCGUUAUUAUCUUCCAGCAGGUGGGGUAACCGCCGCGCAAUAAGGCGCGCGAUUGGGCGAAAAGGCGCGUACUAAAUCUAUUAUUGGCGGAAAGUCGCAAUCCGUGUUCAAUUGGUGUAAAAUGAAUCUUUUCCGGCGAAUCAGCGCCCGCUUCUUUUCUCGUUUCCGCAUUUUCUCUUUAGCGCCUGAGCGGCCUAAUCACUUGCCGCCACAUGGAGGCUCCGACAACGCGGCGCGCGGCGACGACAAGCCGCGCGGGCUUCGCGAGCGCGCGCAUGCUGGAGGCGCAGCGCGCGUUCCAGAGCGUGGUGAAGCAGGAGCUGCAGCUGCUGCUGGAGGGCGGCACGCGGCGCGAGGACGCGGUCAAGCUGCUGCUGCGGCGCAUUGUGGCCAGCACGGAGCCGCCCGAGGCCGCGGCCGUGCGCGGCGUGAUGCGCCAGUUCCAGAUGAACUACGACGACGCGGUGCGCGCGCUGAUUGUGAAGCAGGAGCUGGGGCGGCUCAAGCGGCAGGGGCUGGACUCGUUCGCGGCCAUUGAGGAGCUCACGCGGAAGAUGAGGAGUCGGGAGGUAGAACAGGGCGCAGAAGAGGCAGAACGCGAGGAGAAGCAAGUAGAACAGAUGGCGGAGGAGGUAGACCGCAAGGACAUUUUGGUUGAAGAGAAAGAAGAAGAGAACGAGGAGGAGGAAGAAGAAGAAGAGGAAGAUGAAGAACGUGAAGAAAAAGAAGAAAAUGCGGCAACUCAUGAAGAGACGGAGAGUGACGGCCGAGAGACUGCUAAGUCGCAGUCCGAGACGGCGAUGCCCGCGGCCGAGAUGGCGUCGCCGACGUCGGAGAAGGACGGAAACGAGUCCUCGCUGUCGCUGUGUCAACGCAUCGGUCAGGUGUCCAUCUCGUCGGGUAACACGCCCGAGAGAGACUCGGCAGACGACCGUGACGACGACCAGGGGACCAAUGAAGACACUGAUGGAGAGGAGAACGAGUCGGCUGGAGAGAAGAACAAGACGGUGUUCAAGUCGCCCUUGAGGGUCCGAAGCCCAUCGAACAGCAAUCUCGCGGAUCUCACGCCGCAGUCGCGUAAGCGCCGAGCCGCCUUCGGAAUUCAGUAUGAUUCCGCCAGUAAUAGUCGUAACAGCAGCAGCGGACGCAGCGUCAAGCCGCUGUUUCCGAGUCUGAAGAAGCAGAAGCUGUGCGCUGAAGUAGGUGACGGAUUUCUGCAGGUCGUCACACGCAAGUCCAAGCCCACGUCGUCGAGUUUAUCGAAGAGCGCAGCAGCAGCAGGAUUGUCCGGGCCGUCGCCGACUGGUAGCAAGGGUGGCGGGUCUACGCGGAGCGAUCACAGCUCCAAGAACUUACACAAGCGGCAACGAGUGAGCCCGACAGGAAUGCAAGACGACGACGAGUCUCCCAUCGCAGAAGAGCUUCGUGUAUCCCACGUCCAUCAUCGACAUCACGCACACCACCACCAUAGCAAGCGCCAGAAGAGCGGCAGCAGCCACUGAUCGCCGGGAUAUUCCGAGCGACGACAAGCAAGUGAGCGAGCGAGCGAGAGAAUACGAGCCUAAUUAUUUCCCUUCUGUAAAACCUUUUGAAGAUGUAGAAAAGCUAGGAUGAGAGAGUGAAGAAGAAAUGGAGACGCUGAGCGAAGACAGCACAGCGCGUUUGGAAACGGCAAGACGUUUCUGCUUACUUUUGUACAAGAAUGAGCUGCGUUGAAGACGAGAGGCAAGGCAAAUUCAACUUGUAGGAAGAUAACAUGAAUGCGUAUUUGUAUCAAGGUGAAGUUGCUCUAUCCGUUGCUCGAUCCCUUGCUGCUCAGUCGCGGAAGUGGCGAGUGGCACUCGGACGCAGAUCGAUGCCGCGUUCGUGCAGUUCCUGCAUCAGUUGCAUGAACUCGCCUACCGAGACCUUCACCGCUCGGUUCGAAGUGAGCCCACUAGCUUCCAACGCAGCCUCAACACGGUCCGUAACAGCUUGGUGCUUGUCUUCCCCUUCGGCCAGUGUUUCCUCCUUCACCACGUACUGCGACCGCGCCGUCUUGGCAAGCAGCAACGCUCUCAGCGUCUUGUUCUUGCGCUCGAAGCUCAAUCUCAAUAGCGCGUCAAACUUCUGGAAAAAGAGCUCAUCCACCGGCAGAGCUGGCGUUGACGCUGCCCGCGGUGCGAGUUUGAUCACCCUCGAGUCGACCUUGGGCGGCGGCAAGAAGUGCUCCCUGGGCACCUUCACCACCGACGUCACAUCGGCGACCAGCGCCGUGUUGGCGCUCAGUCGACUGUAGUUCUUGUUACCGGGCUGUGCCAGCAGCCGCAGCGCAAACUCCUCCUGCACCAGCAGCACCGCGCACUUGAACGUCGUCGGGAAGCGGUGCAUGUAGCUCGAGAGUCUGGACACC